AUGAUUUUUGACAAGGAAGUUGCACUCUUUGGAGAUUCGAAGCUGAUCAAAGAAGGUUCGUCGAUCCAGCUGACAAACUCAGAGAGUGGAAGCGAGGGAAGAGUCCUUUACAAGGAACCCAUCAAUCUUUUCCAAGAUGUAGAGACUGGUAACUCGUUAAGUUUCACGAGUUCCUUCAGGUUUUCUAUGCCUAAUGAGACUGAUGAUGUCAUGGCUUUUGUAAUGGUUCCAACUAGUAUGGAUCUUCGUCUGUUCAAUCAGAGAGGUAACAGUUCCUCUGCUUUAGGGUUUCUGUUUGAGCAUGCAAAGAACGAGCAAGUUGUCGCUUUUGAGUUUGAUAUUUCCAAUAGAGGAAACCAUGCAAGAAUCUUGGUAGGUAAACCUGAAUCUUCUGAAGUUAGAAACCUUUCUUUUAAGGGUAACUUGUUGAUGGCGAAUGGAGGGACGUUGAGCUGUAUGAUUGAAUAUAAGGCAAGUGCUAAGAGAAUGCAAGUUCGGUUCAGAAAAUUAGGCAGCAUAAAGAUGAUGGAUCCAUCCUUUGAUUUCUAUGUAGAUUUGGCAGAGAUAUUGAAAGGUGGUGAGUGCAUGGUGGGUUUAAGCUCUACAAACGGGAACUCUUCCAAGGCGCAUAUUCUACAUUCAUGGAACUUUGACAUAUGGCCUCCAGUGCAGGUGGUUGUUCCUCCUUCGAGGUUGAUGCAUCCUCUACCGAUUAAAGGUGGAAAGAUUGUAGUUUCCAAAUGCGAGAGAGGUCCAUAA